GCCCGAGAGGACCUUCCGGGUCGGGUCGUGGGAGUUCUCGCUGAACCCGGGCCCGUUUAACAUGAAGGAGCACGUUCUCAUAUCCAUAUUUGCGAAUGCCGGGUCCGCCUUCGGAAGCGGAUCCGCUUAUGCGGUUGGGAUCGUGGAUAUAAUUAAGGCUUUUUAUAUGAGGAACAUCUCGUUCUUGACGGGAUGGAUUCUUGUGAUCACUACCCAGGUUUUAGGAUAUGGAUGGGCAGGAAUAAUGAGAAAGUAUGUGAUCGAUCCGGGUGAGAUGUGGUGGCCCCAAAGUUUGGUGCAAGUCUCUCUUUUCAGGGCACUCCAUGAGAAAGAAGAGAACACAAGGUCAAUGACAAAGGGGAAAUUCUUCUUGAUAGCAAUGCUAUGCGGGGCAAUAUGGUACAUUGUCCCAGGCUUUCUCUUCCCAACCAUAUCAAACAUCUCCCUGCUAUGUCUGAUAUACCCCAAGUCAGUGAUCGCCCAACAAAUCGGGUCGGGCAUGAAAGGUCUGGGCAUUUUCUCCUUCACCUUUGACUGGUCCGUCAUUGCUUCGUACCUCACCAGCCCACUCGUCACCCCCUUCUUUGCCAUCGCCAACAUCACCGUUGGCUACAUCGCCGUCAUCUACGUCAUCAUCCCCAUCGCUUACUGGGGGUUGAACCUCUACAGCGCUCAAACCUACCCUCUGUUCUCCUCCCACUUGUUCAACAACCAAGGCCAAGUCUACAACGUUUCUUCCAUUGUUAAUGAAAGGUUCGAGCUUGACAAGACGGCGUACGCUCGACAAGGACGUAUCAGCCUCAGCAUCUUCUUUGCGUUGUCGUAUGGUCUCAACUUUGCCUCCGUCAUUGCCACCCUCACCCACGUUGCUCUCUUCAAUGGAAGGGAUAUGUAUAAUAGGUUCAAGUCCUCACACAAAGGGAAAGAUGAUAUCCACACGAGGCUUAUGAAGAAAUAUAAGGACAUUCCGGCUUGGUGGUUUUACGUGACGCUUGCGCUCUCAUUGGCUCUCUCACUUUUCAUGUGUAUCUUCAUGAAGAAUGAGAUUCAGUUGCCUUGGUGGGGUCUGCUUCUUGCUGUUGCUGUUGCCUGUUUAUUCACCCUUCCCAUUAGUGUCAUUACAGCCACUACAAACCAGACACCAGGACUAAACGUGAUUACGGAAUACAUAUUGGGUCUUCUGAUGCCUGGGAAACCAAUAGCCAACGUUUGUUUCAAAACAUUUGGGUAUAUAAGCAUGAGUCAAGCAGUUUCUUUCUUGAACGAUUUCAAAUUAGGACAUUACAUGAAGAUUCCUCCCAGAUCAAUGUUCAUUGUUCAGCUUGUAGGAACAGUUGUAGCUGGCACGAUAAAUAUUGGGGUGGCCUGGGGGCUAUUGACAUCAAUCCCCAACAUAUGCCAAGACAAUUUGCUCCCCCCAAACAGCCCCUGGACCUGUCCUAACGACCGGGUAUUCUUCGACGCUUCCGUAAUAUGGGGCUUAGUAGGCCCAAAACGAAUAUUUGGGUCAUUGGGCCGUUACGGCGCUCUCAACUGGGGCUUCCUGCUCGGUGCGAUGGGCCCCCUGUUGGUAUGGCUCUUCCAGAGAGGCUUCCCAUCGAAACGCUGGAUCAGUCUCAUAAACCUGCCGGUGCUCUUAUCGGCAACAGCCGCCAUGCCGCCGGCGACUUCCUUGAACUUCAACAGCUGGAUCGUUGUCGGGACGAUCUUCAAUUUCUUCAUCUUCCGGUACAGAAGGAAGUGGUGGCAGAGGUACAACUACGUCCUGUCCGCGGCGAUGGAUGCCGGGUUGGCUUUCAUGGCGGUGAUUUUGUACUUUUGCCUGGAGAUCGAGAAUGUGAGCGUAAAUUGGUGGGGAAGCCAGGGUGAGCAUUGCGAGUUAGCCACUUGCCCUACCGCGCGUGGAAUACAAGUAGAUGGAUGCCCGAUUUUCUAAAUUGUUUAUGUUCCUAUUUAUUUACUGCAGAUAAUAUUAGAUUUUUUAGUUUUCGGUUACUUCAAAUGUUUAUGCUUCGGUGUUCUUGUUAUAAGAAAUGUUAAUUAGUGAUUCUCCUUUACUUUCUUUUGUAUAGAACUAGAAAGAUUUUUUUAAAAGGAACUAGAAGCUAAAUCGUCAUAGUUAGCUCAUACUCCAUAUUCAAUUUGGUCCAAAAAAAUGAUUUUAUUUUGGUGUUA